CAUUAUAAUUCAAUAAGUUUAACAAUGAUGAAUACCUCAAAUGGAAAUUAUUCAGGCUUGAGUUCCUCUAAUGAUGCAAAGAAUUUAAUUUUUAAGAACUUUAUGGAGUUUGAAGGUAAUAAGAGCUUGCAGGAUGAUAAAUUUCAGGAUAUGAUACCACAAUUCCCAAUUCCAGUAGGGAUUUUACCAAAACCCGACUUUCCGCAUGGUUUUACUCCAGACAUGAAUGGUCCUCUAUUGUUAGGAGGGUUUCCUCAGCCUACACAAGAAUUUAACACAUGUUUCCAUCCUCCAAAUUUCAAGAUGAGUGAAGAACUAGCAGGAGAUAUUGAAAAUCCUUAUUACUGUCAUACUGAAGGUUCAGAGCUAGUGCUACCAGAUCAAGAUAUAAAGUUUAACGAGUAUAUUCUUCAUGUGAGAGCUCAAAAACUAUUGCUUUACAAAAACCAUUUGUUUAAUGUGAUGCAGCCUAAAAAGACACAAAUUGAUAUUAAUAUUGACAAUUUCCCAGAGGGUAUCCACUAUUCGCACAUAUUGGACUUCUUCAAGUUCAAUGGGCUACAUAUCGAGCCUAAGCAGGUCUACAUAAAAGUACGAGGACUUAAGAAGGACAAAUGCACCAUCAACUGUUAUAAUAACUAUGAGCUAGCUUGGAAGAUGGUUAGUCUCUAUGGUACAAAAUUCAGUGGGAGGUGACUAAAACUUGAACUUCCGGAUUACGAAAGAGGUCAUAAACCUCGUAGAAACACUUUUGAUGAAUUCUGUAAAGAAUUCGACUCUAAGACUUCCUUAAAACCUAUGGGACCAAAGCCUGUGGAGGAAGUCCCAAGGAAAAGUUCCAUCAAUAAAGUUAAUAAAGAGAAGGAAGAAGCUAAGGAAAAGCUUGAAACUGAGGAUAAAGCAUGGGGUACAGAGCUAAGCCUUGGGAAUAUCAUUGGGUGACAAGUUAAAGAUGAUGGCUUUCAGGAAGUCAAACCAAAAGUAAAAGUAAAACCUAAGAAGGCCUCCAAGAAUCAUCAUAAGAAAGCAGAAGAGGAUGAUCCGAGGAGAGGUAGAGGAAGAGGCUAUAGACAUAGAAAUGGAAGAGGCCAUGGGUUCGGACGAGGCAGAGGAAGAGGAGGAAGAUACAGAGGAGGAACCAGAGGAUUCAGACAUAGCAAUACUAGUCAUCAUCCCAGAGAAGAAGAUUUCUAA